GCACCCUGCUGCCUGGAUACAAGAACGAAGAAGCGAGGCGCUGUUUGUUGUUGCACACAACGAGGAUGGAUGUGGUGUGUGAGCGGUUUUGUCGCGGCUGCGAGGAGACAGUGCUCAAGGCCGAUCCGCCACUGCUGCUGUCGGAGUUGCGGCCCUUCUUGCAGCCACUCACAACAUGGGGCGACACCAGCCCAAGGGUGCAGCAUGCAUGCUUAAAGGCACUGUGGGCUAUCUGUGUGGGCACCACCAUGCCUGAACACACAACCCAGCAACAAAACGAGAAAGACGAGGAAGACGAGGAGCUGGACAUGCUCGUGGACUACUUCAGCCAGCAGCUGCGCGUGGAGUUGUCCCAACAACAUCAGACAGUCCUGUUGAACUGCGUAUCCGCAAUCACGUGUCGGAGCCCUUACGCUCGUCGCAAACUCGCCAUACUCAACGAAGCAGAGGCCGUGGAUGUGCUUGUUGAAAAGCUGCGGCUUGACCAGCCUCCUCAGCUUGCUCGCCCAGCUGCAGAAUGUCUGGCUGCGCUGUUUCUGGAACCACACGCACGUCGCAAGUUUACGCGCGAUGAAGGCCUGGCUGCAUGCUUGGCCCAGCUCCGCAACGGCUGUGCGAAUGAUCUCGCUGAAAGCAUCCUGAAUUGUUUGAAUGUGCUGUUGUGCGAGGAGCACGCAGUGGCCACUGAGGAACUCCAGCACUUGAGCGCUGUCCCCACGCUCAUCAAGUUCAUCAGUGCACACGAAACCAAGCGUGUACGAAAGAGCCUCUCCAGCCAAGCCCAAGCACUCGCAGUCAUCACCCUUCUCGCAGAGAACUCUGGGCUGAGACAAGAGAUUGCAGACGCGCGCUUCUUUGAACUGGCUAUUUCCAUGCUGAACAACGCCGCAACAGCCUGGGAGAAUGAGGACCGCAGCUCCAGAAGCUCUGGCUUUUCCCUUCCAGCAAUCACAGGGCGUGCCAGCCCAAAGCUCCCGCGUCGUCACCACCCCCACCCCCACCAGCAGCAACAGCAGCAGCAAUCAAAGCGCACACCUCCCGUCAGCCCGACCAAGACAACUGCAUCUGUGAUCAAUGCGGUGGAUGCUGACGACGACACGGCAACGCAACAACGGCAAAGUCACGAUGUUGUGAGUGCGACGCUGCUGGCCAUCGCAACAGUGCUGUUGGAGUCGGACCACGUUUGCUUGGCAUUCCUGAGCCUCGAAGGCCUUGCGGUGAUUGUGGAUCUUGCGCAGUCGAUUCAAGGCAAGAUGCAUCUGCCUGAGGUCUCCUCUGUGCUUUUGAGUUUGUGUGAAGGAGGGGAGCACCACCAAGUCAUCGAUCAAGGGGGUCUGGAGAUGCUGUUUCAAAUGGUGCUGGCCGACUUGGAUGAACUCUCCGUGUCUCAGGCGUGUUGCUGUUUGCGGCAUCUGUUGAGCGGCAGAGAGCCCGUCAUUGCCCUCGCAGAAGACAACCAUUUCAACCUUGAAGGGUCCUUGCGGCAUCUGUCCACCAACGGCGGUUCGUCUCGGUCCGCUGCCGUCAAGCGCGAAGCCGCAGAGGCGCUCAAGGCAUUCGAGAAGCGCAUGCAUCGUGCAAGAAACCAGGGUGGCGGCCGCAUCAAGCAGUCCACAGCGUCCAAGAGCAGCAAGUCCAGCACCAUCGCUAGCAGCGCACGUGAUGUCGACGAAGCGGCGCGAUCUGCCCGUCUUCAGCGACUCACCGACCUCGUGCAAUCCCUCUAACGUGUGAAAACGCACGCGCAAAUGCACGUUGCAUGCUGACACGGGGGGGGG